AUGGGCGAAUCGCAGCUCAAGCGCCUCAAAGCGUCUCUCCGCACCGCGGGGAUCACGGGCCCCCAAAAAUCCAAGAAGCCCUCUGUCCGCGCCAAGCAACAGCAAGCGGCCGCUGCAGGCUCCUCCACCAAGCGCCUGGACCGCAAUGUGGCGCUGCAGAGCAUCCGCGAGGAGUUCAACCCGUUCGAGAUCAAGACGACGAGGGAGAAACAUAGCAUCAGUGGCCGCGGCCAGAUCAAGGGCGCGAAGGGACGGCCGGGGCUGAGUAAGCAGAUUGGGGAGGAGAAUAGAAAACGCACGCUCCUCGUCGAAAUGCAGCGCAAGCACAAAGCCGGCGGCAUCGUCGACCGCCGCUUCGGCGAAAACGACCCCACCAUGACGCCCGAAGAAAAGAUGCUCGAGCGCUUCACCAAGGAGAAGCAGAAGCGCGCGCGGGGCGGCGGCGGCGGCGGCAUCUUCAACCUCGACGACGGCGACGAGGACCAGCUGACGCACUUUGGCAAGAGCCUCGGCGCCGACGAUUUCGACGACGGCAACGAGAUGCUGGCGUCCGACGACGACAUGCUUGAGCGGCGGCUCAGCAAGAAGCGGCGGCUCGACCCCGACGCGGGGCCCAACGACACGGGCAGCGGCGGCGGCGGCGGCGGCGACGACGACGAGGAGGACAGCGACGGCGAGAAGAAGCCGGAGCGCAAAAAGUCAAAGGCGGAGGUCAUGAAGGAGGUCAUUGCAAAGUCGAAGCUGCACAAGUACGAGCGCCAGAAGGCGAAAGAGGACGACGAGGACGAGCGCGAGAAGCUCGACGCGCAGAUGUCGGACAUCUGGGCCCUCCUCGGACGGCAGCCGGUGAUCAGAGGCGACGCCCCGGGGACGGGCGCUAACAUGGAGCCGAUCCCAGGCCGCGACGAGCCCCGGCCGGAGAGGAAGGCCGGCGGCGACGACGACGACGGCAAGAUCAACCCGGGCAGGCUGGCGCAGAUGGAGGGCAAGGAGGACGCCGAGUACGACGCGCGUGUCCGGGAGAUGGUCUACGACAAGCGCUCGCAGCCCGCCGAGCGCACAAAGACGGCCGAGGAGAAGGCGCUCGAGGAGAGCGAGCGCCUGCGCAAGCUCGAAGAGGCCCGCCAGCGCCGCAUGCGCGGCGAGGAAGACAGCGAGGACGAGCGCACCGCCGCCAAAGAGGCCGCCGCCGCCGACGACGACGACUUUGAGUUCGGCGACGCCACCGAGUACGGCCUCGGGCGCGGCAUCCCCGACGCCGCCGCCGCCGAGCAGGCGCAGGAGAACCCCGACGAGCUGCUCGACGGCGACUACGAGGUCUCCGAGGUCUCCGAAGCCUCCGAGGACGGCUACGUCGACGUGGACGAGGAUGGAAAUGUCGACGGCAGCGGCGCCGAGUUCUCCGACGACUACGACUCUGACGCCGAGGUUGCUGCGGGCUCCGACGAGGAGGAGGACGACGACGGCGACGACGACUUCCUCGCCGACCUGAUGCCGCGCGACAGCAGCAGCAGCAGCAGCAGCAGCGGAGCCCUCACCCUCGCCCUCCACCGCGCCGCGCCCUCCUCCUCCGAGCCCGCCUACACCUACCCGUGCCCGCAGACGCCCGCCGAGCUGCUCGCCAUCACCGCCGCCAUCCCGCCCAGCGACCACCCAACCAUAAUCCAGCGCAUCCGCAUCCUGCACCACCCCAAGCUGCACGCCGACAACAAAGCCAAGCUCGCCGUCUUCGCCCCCGUGCUCCUGGCCCACAUCCUGCACCUCUCCAACCUCCCCACCCCCACCCCCCCAUUCCCCGCCAUCGAAACACUCACCCGCCACCUCCACGCGCUGUCCAAAUCCCACCCCGUCCCCGUCGCAGACGCGUUCCGUACCCACCUGCAAGCCGCCCACGACCGCGCCGACCUCACACCCGCCGACCUGGUCCUCCUCGCGGCCGUGGCAACAAUCUACCCCACGUCCGACCACUUCCACCAGGUCGUCACGCCCGCCACAAUCGUGCUCGCCCGCUGGCUGUCCCAGACCCCGCCCACGACCCUGCAGCGCCUAUCAACAGGCGCAUACCUCGCAACCCUCUGCCUGCAGUACCAGAAGCUCUCGCGGCGCUUCGUGCCCGAGGCCAUCGGCUUCGUGCUGCAGGGCCUCUCCCUCCUCGCGCCGGUCCCGCAAGUGCCUGUCCCGGGGAACUUCCUGUACCAUGAUAGCUCUGCGCUGCGGAUCACGAAAGCGCACGUGGGGGGCGCGCGGAAGAUGGCGUUUGCGGACAUCUUUGGGGAUGAGAAGGAGGACACGCGGUGUGUGCUGCUGUGCACGUUGUUAUCGCUAACAGAGGGGUUCGCGGCGCUGUGGGGCGGGAAGAAGGCGUUUGGUGAGGUGUUUGGGCCCGCAGCGGAGGUUGUGGCGUGGAUGGGUGGGAGGGAGUGUAGCGGGAGGUUGAGUCGGGAAGUCAAGACCAAGCUGAAAUCCACCCUCGCGACCCUCACCACGGCCCUCGCGCACGCCACGCACACGCGCCGCCCCCUCGAGCUGCACCACCACCGGCCGCUGCCCAUCAAGACCUUCAUCCCCAAGUUCGAAGAGUCCUACAGCGCCGACAAGCGCUCCUACGACCCGGACAAGGAGCGCCUGCAGCUCGCCAAGCUCAAGGCCGAGCACAAGCGCGAGCGCAAGGGCGCGCUGCGCGAGCUGCGCAAGGACAGCAGCUUCGUGGCGCGCGAGAAGCUCAAGGAGGACAAGAAGAAGAGCAAGGAGUACCAUGCCAAGAUGGCGAAGCUCACGGCCAUGAUACAGACGGAGGAGGGCGCGGCGGCGAACGAGUACAAGAGGACGAAGAAGAGGUAG